AAUUUCUCUUUUUGUUUUUGCUGGCUGAUACACACUGGCACACACACAUACUCACGAAAGCCAAAGAAAUUUUGUUUGGUGGUUUUUACAUUCCAGCAAAUUUAUGACAAAUAAGGAAAAUAGACAACAAAAAAGGCAAACAUGUUAACGGCAAAAAUUGGAAAAGUUAGUAAAGUUCUAAUAUGUGGAGCCAAAGGAGUUGGAAAAACGGCCCUGUUGGAGCAGUUAAUCUAUGGCAAUAUAACUUUGGAGAGUGAAAUACAUCCCACCAUUGAAGACAUUUAUGUGGCCAGUGUGGACACUGGACGUGGCGGCCCAAGAGAAACUUUACGCAUCUAUGAUUCAGCUGGCCUAUUUCAAGGUAGCAAAGCACAGCUACCACGACAUUAUUUAUAUUUCCCCGAUGGCUAUGUAUUGGUCUAUGACCCAACAGAUCCUCAAAGUCUAGACAUGUUGGCCGAUAUUAAAACAGAUAUUGACAAGAAUAAGGAAAAGAAGGAAGUGCCCAUUAUUGUGCUGGCCAAUAUGCGUUCCAAGCGUAAAGAUACCCCUCCAUCACCCACACAACAAGCCCAAAUGCAAAACAAUCAAGCCGACCCCGUAGAGCUAAUACUGAAUCGUGCCAAUGCCUGGUGUUCGCGUGAACGUAUUAAACACUACACCGUCAAUGCCAUGGAACGGCCAUCAUUGUAUGAACCAUUCAUUAACAUGUGUGCUAGAUUACAUCCACCACAAACCAAAUCGACAUUUCCUCAGUUACGGCAGGUGAUGCAGAAAACACAAAAAACGGAAGCAUAAGUCUGGAAGGCUUUGGACACGUUCACAGGAUAUAUAACGCAGUAUAUAUCAUUAAAUUAUUAGAGUUUAAGUUUUUAUAUGAUGAUAAUGAUUUUAACAAGUAUUAAAUCCCUACGAACAUACAUAAGUACAUAUAUUUUUUUUACAAAAAUAUCUCAUUUUACACAAUAACUCGCACAUAUGAUCAAUUAAUAAAAAGAAUGACUAUUAACAUUUAAAUGAAGAAUUAUUGCCUA